GCCUUUUUAAGAGCCGUCCCGUCGUCGUCGGCCAUCCUUCUCCCCACUCCCCACAGCGCCCGCUCCGCUCUUGGCCCUUGUAGGUCACGCCCUAUAGUACUGCCUACCUUGGUGCGCUCGCCGCCCCCCGAUUCCCAGCCCUUGGAGUACAGCAAAGAAGCGACGUGGAUAGAGCCCUGCUCACCCCGGCCUUGCGUAAAGCUCUCUACGCCCCAGCCUCGACAAAACAUCUGCGGACCAAGACGCCUUCGUUUUGACCUGCAGACCGUGAGCUGUCCGCGAGUGGGUGCUGAGUGCCUGGCUGCAGCUACGACGACCUGUCCGGCCGCCAGAUUAGUCGUGCAGUGCGGCGUGCCGUUGCCCAGAUUCAGCCCUCGACACUACUUAUUCACUACCUACCUAGCCUCACCAUACCUAAGGCAUCUUAACCAGCCUGCCUGCCUGCCUGCCUUACCUCGCCCAGGGCCCAAGAGGUCGAUUACAGCGCAUUGUGUCGUGUGCGAUACGACCAGCCGCAAGCCAUCGCGACGGACGCCCUCUCUCUCACCCUCGACAUUUUCCGCCGCGGCUCGACGCGUUCACACCCCCCCGGGCCUCGUCUGAUCCCUUACCCUGGGCUCCCGCUCGUCGCAUCGAAUCGACCAUACCAUACCUAGCACCCGAGCCACGGCGAGCCACCAGGUCCAGGUCCACUGGAGACCCAGGCCUCCUGGUGCAACCUUCAAAUCGGCACCAUCGCCCACCCCCGUCCACCCGCCCUGGUCCGUCUGUCCUUCGCUUCAACCUUACAAGCAGCCCCCACUUGCUCGACCUCCGACAUCCUCUCCCACCGCCAAGCCUCAGCUUCUUUUCUACCUUCCUCUAGCUUCCUCCUUUCAUCAACAACCGUCGCUCGUUUCUUCCUUCCGUCGUCUCGACUGUUGCUGGCCUUUUCUUCUUCCUGAUUUCCCUCGUAACUGCCGUGGACCGCCCCAAACUCUUGCGCCCGCCUGCCUCCUGCCAACCACGGCCUUGUCCAUGGGACUCUUCGACACCGCCUAAACAAGUCAUCGCGACUGCAGAAGCAGCACUUCCGCCUCUGCACUGAGACCUACACGUGACGGCGACGGGUUCGCCAACCGCUUGCAAGACCCGAACAGACCUGCCGUCUCGACGGCCUCGCCCUCGUCUGGUGCUACCAUGUUUCGUCAACGGACAAGCUCACAGAAGCCAGCUGAUGGCCUCCUGGCCGACUUCCGACAGCAGUUCCCUCAGGUUGGCCCUGUUAGCACUGAGGCCCCUGCGCCGAGUAUCUCCCAAACGAGCGUAGCGGACCAGCCCAUACUCAUCACCGCUCCAGAUCACGUCGACAGCGCUGCCCAAAAUGUUGACCAUGAGCCCUUCAGGGAUCAAGACCCGACACCACGUGCCUCCCACGAGCCGUGGCGAUUUACGCCGUCGCUGCUUGACCCAAUUUCGUACGCCUUCAACUCCUUCGCCAACGCGCCUCCGGGCUACUACACGCCAACCCCCGGGGGCAACAACACCUUGUUCCAUCCUCAAGCUGGUGACCUGCACACCCCAACGCUAGUCAUGGCUCAAGGCCUCGGGACACCCUUAUCCAUGCCGACAUCGGGAGACGGCCUCCAGUCUGGUGUCACUACUAUGGACAUGUCGGGCUUCCAAAAUCUCCAGCCACAUCAGUUCCACCACUUUAAUCCGUUCAUCCAGGCACCUCCGCCACAACCAGGCUUCGCCCCUUCGUCCUUCGUCCAUCAGGAUACGGGCUACGAGACGAUGGAACAGGAUGCUUCUCCUAAAUCUGACCCUUCUGACAGUAGGAUGCAGUCUAUGGCGACGGUAGUCAACCCGCAGAAGUUUUCGACGGUUCCUAUGGGCCAGCCGCUACCAGCCUCAGCCGAGAAAUUUCGUUUCCACUCUACCUUGAACGCGCCUACCGCCAUGGUUAAACAUGCAGACGAGAUACCGGUGACAUAUUUGAAUAAGGGGCAGGCGUAUUCGCUAUCCAUCGCGGAUACGAGCGGCACCAUCCCUGUUCAACCUGGCACCAAGUACCGUACGUUUGUGCGCAUAUCCUUCGAGGAUGAGGAACAGCGGCAGAAACCAAGUGUGUGCUGGGGGUUGUGGAAAGAGGGACGUGGCACAAAUGAGGCUCACCAAAGAGGCGGCAAGCUUCAAGCCGUUGAAUUUGUUGAAGCGGGCCAGCCCGCUGAUGGAGACGACAAGAGAACUCGCAUCGAGCUCGAAACAUCCUCCUUCGACGGUUUCUCGGUCACUUGGACCCCUGGCAUCAACGGGGCUCCCGAGGCUAAUAUUGCUGUACGAUUCAAUUUCCUCUCGACCGACUUCAGCCACUCCAAGGGCGUCAAGGGGAUUCCAGUUAGGCUUUGCGCCAAAACUACUCUCGUCUCCCCCAGUCCCGCUCCCGAAACCUCCCCCGAGAUUUGUUUCUGCAAAGUCAAGCUUUUCCGCGAUCAUGGAGCCGAGAGAAAGCUGUCAAACGACGUUGCGCACGUGAAGAAGUCAAUCGACAAGUUGAAGCAGCAGCUUUCUCAGCUCGAGAGUGGCAUGAAGGACUUUGGCAAGAGAAAGAGACAUAGUGGGCCGGCUAAAGGGGCUGAUCCUCAACGUCCCGGAAAGGUUCCCAAGCACAAGAGAACAUGGUCCAUGUCCUCUGCGAGCUCGGCUGGGGGUGGUGGGGCGCGCAUGACCAUGGAAGAGGACUUACAUUUCAAGUUGCAAACUCUUCAAGAUAUGUUUACAAGCACUCGACCGGUUAGCGUCCUUUAUCUCCGAGGCGACGAGCUGGACGACCCAGACAUGCAUCCAGUGGCACUCCCCGGCGACAUGUCACCACCGAACAGGACCGACGGAGCAAAAGACGGGUCCAACUGGCAGCCCCGAAGCACACAGAGUUCUGUCACGGGCUCAAUGGUCUCACCGUCGCCGAGCUCCUUAUCUCUUGCAUCACAAGCUUCGGCAUUAGGACCCGGUGGGGUCUGGCAAAACAUGGAUUCGGCCACCACCGGAGAAGUUUUGCGCAAGGGGCCCGAACAGCCACACAAGAUUGCGAAGACAGACGACGAUGGGACCUUGAGCGGAUGGAUUGAAGCAUUGGGGGUCGAUACGACAUAUCGACCUCCGACAGAGCGAGGCGAGAAGCCAGUAGCAUGCUUUUAUAUCCUCCGGGAGACACCGAUGGAACCGGCCUAUCAUAGGGCCAUCUACCUCAUGAAGCGCACACUGGAAGAAUUUAACGGCCGCAUAGCCAACAAAUGGGGCCUGGACGCGUCGAAAAUCGUUCGGACGCUACACGUCAUCCAGGAUGGCCUGGAAGUGGAAGUCGAUGAUGACGUGGUCCGCGAGCUUAAGGAGGGACAGGACAUGAGGCUCGACGUGGAAACCAUGAACCAACAAGCUCCCCCAAAGCGUGAAUGGGAAAUGUCUGUUGACGGACUGGUCGGAGAGGGUGAUGCGAAUUCCACAAGCACUGGUGGGCUUGUUCUUCGACUCAAAUUUUGAUUUAAUCCGACGACACGAAUUCACGGCCGAGAGAAUCGUACAAGCUCCAUGCCCGAGGAGAGGAGCCAGAUGAGGGAAGUGGCUGGUAUCGUUCUGUCUGGCGACGGAUAGGAUGUCGCCGAUGCUACCGUAUACAUGCACGAGGGAAGGAUACCCUGGCGUUGGGUACCGACUGGUUUUUUUUUUUGCUUUUCAUUCAAAGAUACCAAUGCUGGCUCUUUACUUAUUUCAUCGGCAAGGCAACAAUUGGGGAGAGAAUAGGAAAUAUCCAGGGGUGUCUUAGCUGCAGAGGUCUUGGGGGCGCGAGACGCCCGCCAUUUGGCGUUGCAGUGUAACUAAUUGGUAUCCCCAGUUGUUUCUGUGUGUAUAUUUGUGUUGCGAGGCUGAGUGGAUUGGCAGCCCGCGAGUCGGGCGGCGGCUAGGGACGUGUAAGUUACGUUUACAUACAUACACACACACAAACACACACACACACACAUA